AUGCGCCGUCUCAUCUCCACUUUUUAUAAUCAAGAUGCAGCUACUGCCGAAGGGGUACGUCGUGCGCCGAAGCGGAAUGCCUCUCGUGCAAUCGUGGAUGAUAACGAGGAUGAGGAUCCUGCUAGUGAUAUUAGGGGUACAGAUGUAGGCAAGAAACGGGGAGCUGCUGGGGGUAAGCAAGGCAAGAAGCGAAAUUGA